CAGCCGCCGCUCCAACCCACCUGCCUGCUAGUGACCGUCCGCCGGCAGGUGUUCUCCGUCUGCAGUGACCCUCCAUCCACCCCGCCAAAGCUCUCGGCUCGCAGGUGUCCUCCGUUCGCAAGUGACCGCCCGGCCGCACCAUGGUGGAUGUGCUAGGCGGGCGGCGCCUGGUGACCCGCGAGGGCGCGCUGGUGGAGGCCGAGGCGGCGCUGCAGAACAAGGUGGUGGCUCUGUACUUUGCGGCGGGCCGCUGCGCUCCCAGCCGCGACUUCACGCCGCUGCUCUGCGACUUCUACGCAGCUUUGGUGGGCGCGGCGCGGCAGCCGGCGCCUUUCGAGAUCGUGUUCGUGUCGGCGGACGGCAGCGCGCAGGAGAUGCUGGACUUCAUGCGCCAGCAGCACGGCGCCUGGCUGGCGCUGCCCUUCCACGACCCCUACCGGCACGAACUGAAGAGGAGGUACGACAUCACGGCCAUCCCCAGGCUCGUGAUCCUGAAACCAAACGGGGAGGUGAUCACCAGCAAAGGGCGGAAGCAGAUCCGGGAGCGGGGGCUGGCCUGCUUUCAGAACUGGGUGGAGGCGGCCGAGGUCUUCCAGAAUUUCUCAGGUUGAACUGGGAGAAGGGUCCACAGAGCCUGGACAGGGGUGGCUCCUUCAGUGCAAACCCCCGAAGGGAAAGAGGAGCCCAUUUUUUUUUUUCUUUCUCUCUAUGCAGCAUCUGAUUUUAUUUCAGAGCAGAAGUACUAAGCCGUGGCAGAAAGUAAAUGUUGCUCAGGAAAAAAAAAACAAGCAAAAAUACCUCCUGCUCCGUUUGGAUCCUGAAGCUACGUGACAGUUAUUUUUAUUCUUUGCAUAGCUUUGGAAAUCUAUGCAAACAUUUUGUUUGUACAAGUCUCUUCAGGUAAAAUGAUGAGUUUUUUGAUAAAUUUUUUCUGGCUGUCUAUCAUUUUAAUGAUAUGUGUUAUAUGGUUUCACGACUAUAUUUAUUAUUAAACAAGUUUGCAUACAA